AUGCCUAGACGCUCUCUCCGCUUACUAGGCUACACCACCGCCGCUGUCGGCAUAGCCAGCUACAGUAUCCACCGUGGAUUGAGCCAUCUGGAAGAAAUAUACCCCACCACUGCCUCCUGCGGCUGGCAGUGUAGCUUUCUGCAACCCCAAUAG